UCAUGCAGACGACGCUGAUCAAGAAGCGAAACAUGGCCCCUCGGUGCAAACUAUGUUGGCAUGGGAAGUUCGUGUACAAGUUUAUACUUGAAUGGCCUCCCGAUAGCGUCAACGUGCUAAACCACGAACAGGGCAUUAUCACGACAGUAGUAGAGGCUGUCAGUAAGGGAGACUAUCCUCAGAAGCUUUCCAACGGAGAGUUCAUCGCCGACAUUGAACCUCGCGAAUGGAAGAUGAGUGGUCAAAUGGUCCUUGAGAAAGACGGCGCAAAGUACGAAUUGUACCAUCACGAAUUCCACCUGCGUGUCCAGAGAAACCGUGUCGCCCCGCCCUCAGCAGACGACAUCCGUAAUCGCAACGCUGACGAAGGUAGCUCUGCUAGUGAGACUUCCUUGCCACCAGUGAAGCAAGAGUGGCCAUCACGUAAGAAGAAACGCAAGAUCAGGAUGCCUGCAGUGUACCGCCACAGGAAUUCCUCAGCAUCACGGGCUGUGGUGCACAGACAAUCCAGGCGUUACCUGGAGCGCACACUGCCAUUUUCAGUGCAGGACUGCCUGCGUUAUGUGAAACCCAAGGAUGCCAGGCACAAACUUGCUGUGAAGCAAUACUACAUACCUGACAUGAUUUACCGAGCACUUCAGCAAUUUGCAAAUACCUCGGAGACCCAAAGUGGCAACAGUGCUAUUAUCUUCCUUGACGACAGCGUGUCCCUGAGAGACAGUGGGCCAAAGGCCAUUCAGUAUGGCCAGAGCAAUGAUCCAACAGCAAGCACUGGAUUGUUUCAAAACCUAAGAAGGGGCGUUGCAACAGUUCUUGACAAGAUGUCGAAGUGGAUAGCAUGAAGAGACGCAAAACAUUCGUUAAACUGACAAGGGUUGCGCAGUUCUGCAAGAGUAUAAAAAUAAAAAAACAAAGCCGAA